AUGAAGAACAGAUACUCAGAUGUGGUUUGCACAGAUUCCACAAGAGUGAAGUUAAAAUUGGGUGAAAAAGAGCAUGGUGACUAUAUUCAUGCAAACAUUGUUAAGUCACCACUUCUCACCACAAAGUUCAUCUGCACACAGGGCCCACUGCAAUCUACAAUCCACGAUUUUUGGCGGAUGAUUUUCCAAGAGCGGAUAGAGAACAUUCUUAUGCUUUGCAAGCCUUGCGAAGAUGGGCGGCCGAAAUGUUCUGUGUAUUGGCCGGAGGCUGUUGGCAAAUGUGAUGUGUUGCCAACGGUUCAAGUAAAAAAUGUUGGCGAAGAUGCGGACGAAUUCGCCACCACCACCUCGUUGACUUUGGAAUUGAAUCCAGAGUAUGGUAGGUGCACUGUAACCUACUGUAAUGAGCACAUGCAUAGUUUAGAAGUUGUUUCCAGCAAAUCCGAACUGCUCCAUGCGUUAUCCAUUGCUCGGCCGGUAUCGGACGAACUGGCAGCAUUGUAG